GCUUCAUUGUUCACUUCUCUCAUGUCGGACGACAGUCAUGAUUCUCAGUCUGAUGAUAAAGAAUCACCGCCACUAAAACGAGCCCGCCAUAAUGACCAGUCUUUCGAAGCCACAAAAGUCAAUCAAUCAUCUGUUCCUUCCACCAUGAACACUAGUUUGCCUCCAUUGUCGUUAUCAAUUCUCGGUGUCGAGCCUCUUGAUGAAUUCAUUCGAGAGAUCGCUGAUUUCGUUCACCAUAUGAUCGUGACGAGACCUGUUUAUCCAGAUGCAAAAAUCGAGGUAGAAGCAAAGCUUGGUGUCCUGAGGGACCGCACAAGUGGGCAGCGGCUGGUAUUGCCAGUUCUUGUGGAGACAAUCUUGAUCCCGAACUUGAAUGAGGUUGACGUUCGAUUCGAAUCCAAUAUGUCUCUUAACCAGCACAGGCACUUCAAUAACAUGCUCAACGAUCUGAAACGAAUAUCAUCUCAACCGUCUCACCCGACUUCUCCCCUGGAGUAUACCCAUGUCAAAGUGGUCGAUUCCUUCUAUCUAUCCGAGGAUCGAGAAAAAAUACGCGUUACUCGCGAGGAGAAGAGUAAUACCGUUCUUGAAAUAACACGCAAAAUAAGGCUUGGGGACCUCAACAUAUUUAGUCCCAAGAGGGCGGCGGAUUGGAGGGUCAGCGUGUCGCUCGAAGUUCCAGUUCCCCAUCCCGUUGGAUCUCCAACCCACAUACGACGGAAAGAUAGGAUAUGCUACUCUCAUGAGGAGUUCAACAUCGACCUGACCCAAGUCCAUUCCAGUAACAAUACGACAUCUAAUCCACCGGUACCGCCUCAAGUUUUUCAUGAGUUGGAGGUGGAGAUCGCUCGCUCAGCAUUGCUGCUUUCGACUGCUUCCAAACGCGGGGAUCCAAAUGCGUCAGAAAUUGACCGCAACGCGUUUGAUGAGCUUAUUCGAUCGUUUGUCAAUAACGCCAGAAUACUGGUGAAGAACGCGAACGAUGGCUGGCACACGUAACUACAUUUGAGUUACUCUUCAGAAGCUAUAAAUAAGUAAUAUUCGAGCAUUCCGAAUUACGAGCGCUAGUGACUACUACUAUGUGAUAGUAGUUGGUUUCCAAUGUCGCUCACGUUUCAAGUCCUCGACUCCCAUUUUCACACCAAAAUGAACGCAAUGUCAAGCUAGGCCAUAUGCUUAUACCACAUACAUUAUUUGCAAACGUCCAACUUCUACUUGAUCAGUAUCACAUGACGC